GCGACGUUCAGCUCAAUAAAGUCAAAUUUGGUGCUAAACAUGAAUAUGAAUACGUGGCUAAUUUCAAAGUGCUCCAGACAGCUUUUGAUAAGCAUAAACUUGACAAGCCUGUAUUCUCUGCACUCGCUAUGGAAGACUAUGAUGUGCUCAAAGAACUAGGUGAUGGCUCCUUUGGAACAGUUAUACAGGCUAAACAUAAACAUACAGGGCAAAUGUCGCUUCGUCUCCUCCCAACACAUUCGCAAGUAAUAUGUUUGCUAGAGGCAUUUCUUCUUCCACAAACACGAGAUCUACACUUUGUCUUUGAGUAUAUGGAAGGGAACUUGUAUCAAUUGAUAAAAGAUAGAAAGGGAAAAAAACUCGGCCAAAGAAACGUUCAGUCUAUAAUGUAUCAAAUGCUACAAGGCGUAUAUCAUAUACAUUCACACGGUUUAUUUCAUCGAGAUUUAAAACCUGAAAACAUUCUCAUAUCCACUCGCAAAAGACAAAAAGUGUUCAACACUAGCAGCAAAGGCAACGAUUACAUAAAGGGGAAACGUUACGAGAUACUAAAAAUAUUAGGCAAAUCAACCAUUGAUGUAGAUAUAAAUGAACGCCUAAUACAAUACUGGGAUGACGGAAAGGACGUAUGCAAGAAAGAAAAGGGGAAAAAUAACUGGAAAGAGGAUAAGUGGAAUUGUUAUGAUGAUGUCGAUGACGAAGAUGUAGAGUAUCUUGUGAAAGUGGGAGAUUUUGGGCUAGCCAGAGAGAUAAAGUCACGUCCACCAUAUACAGAAUAUGUCAGCACCCGGUGGUACCGUGCGCCUGAAGUCCUCCUGCGUUCGCCAUCCUACUCAGCUCCCGUCGACCUAUGGGCCGUUGGUGUGAUCAUGGCCGAAGUCUGCACACUAAAACCGCUUUUCCCUGGUCAAAGCGAAAUUGAUCAAAUGUUCAAAAUAUGCGAGGUAUUGGGUAGCCCGACACCUGUAGAUGAUGCAGUCGGACAGAUUGGUGGAAUGGGUGGGGGUGGUUGGAAAGAAGGCGUCAAGUUGGCCAAGAGUAAAGGAUUCUGUUUCCCUGAUAUACCACCUCAAAACAUAGCCAAAAGAUUACCCCGCUUCACAUCCCCAACAUUUAUUCAACUUCUUUUGCAUCUACUUCGCUACAAUCCCCGGCAACGGUUGACAGCGCUUGACGCGUUGCUUCACCCGUAUUUUACCGAGUCAAAUCUUCAUUUCGUUCCUACAGAAAUUACGGAUACAGUGAAACUGUCGAAAGUAGGUCAAGAAAGGAAAAGAAAGACGGACGGGUUUUACGGACUUAGAAAAUUAGGAUACGGAACGGAGAAUAAGAAAGGAGCAAAGUAUUCGUGGUGUAAGGGCGAAGAACUGGGGGAGCGAGAGGGAAAAGAACAUUUAGACAAGGAUGUAGUCUUAAUUCCGUUAUCACGAUCGUUGCCAUCAUUUUCUCCGCUUAGUGCAAUGGAAAACAAUAGAUCAUGUCUUCUAUCGUUGAACAUCGAUGCUGCGCAUGAUAUAAACUUGGGAGACUACAGUUCAUAUUCAACCAGUUAA